AUCUUGGUCGGAUGGUGAUCUUCUCGAUGUCUGUGCUAGGUUAACGUCUGAUUAAAAAUUACUAUCUGCUGGUUAGAGAUUCUUGUUGGUUCUUUUAAUGUCUGAGGUGGGAAAAGUCUUGGUUAGUGACAGUUCAAGCGAGACUAAAAAAGCACCUGAUGUUGUUGUUGCUUCCCCUGAUAAAAUGGAGGCUACACCAGUGGCUACUAAAACUGAGCAAUGUUCAGCCGAGAUUCCGGAAUCUACGGACAGCGAGAAGCUACUACAGCUUGUUCCAGCUUCAGCGUCUGAAGAAGCAGCUGUUGCUUCGGAGAAAGCACCAAAGAUUCCGGAAAGUGGUACUGUCUUAACCUUGCAGUCUGGUUCGGAAGGGAGCAGUAGCCCGUUUAUCCGGGAGAAAGUUAUGGAAGAUGGAUACAACUGGAGGAAGUAUGGACAGAAACUUGUUAAAGGGAAUGAGUUUGUGAGGAGCUAUUACAGGUGCACCCACCCUAACUGCAAAGCCAAGAAGCAACUGGAACGGUCUCCGGGUGGACAGAUUGUGGAUACUGUUUACUUUGGUGAGCAUGAUCAUCCUAAGCCUCUUGGUGGUGCUGCUGCUGUUCCUAUGAAUCAAGAUAGACGAAGUGAUGUCUUGACGGCUGUGAGUAAAGAGAAAUCAUCUGGAUCUAGUAGUGUUCAGACACAUCAACCACCAAAGGUCCAUGGAGGAGGAUUACAUCUUUCUGUUGUUCCUUUGGCCGAUGAUGUGAAAACUGAUGUUUCACCAUCAAGUAGGAUAAAGAGCGACAUAACUCACAAGGAUAACAUUAGUCCUGCCUCAAAGCGAAGGAAGAAAGGAGGGAGCAUAGAGCAGAUUCCAAUGGAGAGGCCAAACAGUGAAUCACGCAACGUGGUUCACACUCAGACACUGUUUGAUAUUGUGAACGAUGGCUACAGGUGGCGUAAAUAUGGUCAGAAGUCUGUGAAAGGCAGUCCAUAUCCAAGGAGCUACUAUAGAUGUUCAAGUUCUGGAUGCCCAGUCAAGAAACACGUGGAGAGGUCAUCUCGUGACACGAAGAUGCUUAUAAUGACGUACGAGGGAAACCACGACCACGAUAUGCCACCAGGAAGGAUUGUCACUCAUAACAACACGCUGGACUCUGAAGUCGAUGACAAAGAACUGAGUGCUAAAGACACUGAAGUCAACAAAACUCCACAGAGCUCAGCUGUCAUUACAAAAGAAGAACAUCACUCGAAAAAGAAAGCUAAGAGUAAUGGCCAUGAGAAAAGUCUUGAUCAAGGUCCAGUCUUGGAUGCGAAACCUACGGAGGAAAUAAAAGAUGAAGCUGCCAAAACAAAGUCAGAUUAUAAAACUAUGGAGAGUGAGGAGGAACAGAAACCAAAAGCAGAGUCUGGUCAAAGCUAAGGGCAUAUGUAUCGGUGUUAAAAUGAUAUACAGAUGCUUAACAUAGAGAUUAGUACAGGCAUACAGUUUGGUGUUUCAGGUGGGA